AUGAGAUCCAUGUACAGAUCAGUCGGAAAAACCCUUCCACGUUCCAACAUGAUGCUGAGAACCGCACCAAACCAAUACACUCCUAUAACUGUUACCAAGUUCAACACUUUCUCCUUUAGAAAUUUUGCAGACGCUGCUAAGGACAAAUCUGGCGAAAGCAGUAAAACCUCAACUGAUGCAGAAGAUUCUUGUAAUUUGACUGGCGAUCAAAAGAUUAUUAAGGAUCUUGAGGUUAAGUUAGAGAGUAAGACUAAGGAUGCAUUGGAAUUAAGAGAUAGAUUGUUGAGAUCUGUUGCUGAUUUCAGAAACUUACAAGAAGUCACCAAGAAAGAUGUUAAGAAGGCCAAAGAUUUUGCUUUGCAAAAGUUUGCUAAGGAUCUAUUAGAAUCUGUAGACAACUUCGGUCACGCUUUAAGUGCAUUCAAGGAAGAAGAUGUCAAGAAGUCAAAAGAAAUCAGUGACUUAUACACCGGUGUCAGAAUGACUAAAGAUGUGUUUUUAAGUACUUUGAAAAAGCACGGUAUUGAAAAGUUGGACCCUCUAGGUGAAGCCUUUGAUCCAAAUAAGCAUGAAGCCACUUUUGAACUACCUCAACCAGACAAAGAACCAGGUACCGUCUUCCAUGUUCAACAACUUGGUUACACUUUGAAUGAAAGAGUUAUUAGACCAGCUAAGGUUGGUAUCGUUAAGGGUUCCGACAACUAA